CCGUCCUUCCAUUGUUAACUCGUUAUGCGCUGGAGUGCCGUCGCCGUCGUUCUCGCCGGCCUGAACGUCGCGAGCGCUCUCGAUGUAUAUCUAUAUCCGGCGCCGCUGGUGAAGCGCUCAUCGCUGUCGCCGGACGAUGCCAGCGCAGUCCUGUCUCGGCACUUUAACCUGGAGUCUUUCGAGCCCGUGCGCGACGAGGUCCUGCGGACCCAGGACUUUAUUGGAGAGGGAGAGCAGAAUGCUUUGCUGCUGACUAUGGAAGAGGAGGAUGCUGCUGCUGUCAUGUCUGACGCGAAACCCUCAUUCCGGAUACCAGCACCUCCAGUCGACUCCCUCUACUCUGUUAUCUCCACCUACCUGAACCGCGCCCGGCAUGCAUUCUCCAGCGUCUUCGACGGCUCAGACCUCCCAUCCUGGACCAAGGACGGCCUCAACUCCCUCGUAGAGUUCACGAAGUCUGCAAGCGCUGCUGGCGAGAACUUCUUCGCUGCUAUGGAGUGCACCACGCUCCGCGACAUUCGUCACGCCCACGGCAAGGACAGCGCCGAGUACGCCGCCGCUGUCGCGCAGAUCCGCGACCUUCUUGCAGGCAACCACCGCAUUGCUGUCAUCAGCUUCCCCCGCGGCGGCGCCUCGAACCUGAAGCGCGCGCCAUCCCCACAAGAGUCGCAGUCCCCCUUCCCUCCGACCCGCCCGCCCCCGCAGUCUCCUAUCGGGUCCGUGUCGACCUGCUUCGAGGACGCGGACGUCUGCUCGAACAGCACGGACUCGUGCUCUGGCCACGGCUCAUGCGUCCAGGCGAGCAAGACAGGCCGCACUUGCUUCGUAUGCGCUUGCGCGGCGACCAAGACUGGCGAGGGUUUGCAGACGAAGACGGAGUACUGGGCUGGCGAUAGCUGCGAGCGCAAGGAUGUUAGCAGCCAAUUUGUCCUCCUGGCUGGAACAACCGUCGCAAUCAUUCUGCUUGCCGCGGGUUCCAUCUCCUUGCUUUACAGCGUUGGCGAUGUCGAACUCCCGAGUGUGUUGAUGGGCGGUGUGGUGAAUGCGAAGAGGGAUUAGUUGCUGUACGCAAGUCUGCAUCUUGAUACCAGCACCCUGCCCAGGACCCUUACAUCGCAAUGUACGAGAUUUGGCUCAGAAAUGACAGGUCUUUGCAAUACCUCA